AUGCGCUCGCAGACCCUACGCAGCCAUGAUGGCAUAGUGCUGGUGGAAAGGCUGGAAAUGUCCACCGACGGCCGAACGCUGAACGUCUCGGCUUACGAUGGAGAGAGCAAGACAUCGCUGGAACUGGUCAUCAAGGAGAAGGUUCAUCGCCAACUCUAUCGCGAGUGCAACGGCGACUAUGCACAAAUUGCCGCCAUGCUCCGGGUCGAUGGCAGCCGUUUGAUCUUGGACAGCCCAUUGGCCCAGGGCGGCUGA